UGACAAUUUAGUAUUUCAGUAAAGGAAAGCAGUCGCAUUAACGUAACCAGAGCCAAACACCAAUUUUCAGCUUGCUGGUCUGUUUUUGUGAGAGCAAUCGACUAAGGGUUCACCUGGGCUCCUUUCCUCUCAAGUCCUCUCAGUGGCCGAUUAAUCAUUCUCCGGAUUGGUCAUUUUCUUCAUCCCGUUUCUUCUUCGUUCCCUUUUUUGUUUGCAUCGUUGUACUCAUUCUUCCGUGAUUCUUGUGGGACACUUCCAUAAUACUCUAUUAGUCGACGUUCCCAAGAAACGUUCUCUUUGAUAUCUUAAUCCGCAGAUUCUCCUCAUCGUUGUUCUCUCCUUGUCCUUUUUGUUUGUAACAUUAUGAUCCGCAACGCCUUCGGUUUCGUUUCCCUUGUGCUGCUAAUGGCUGCGAUGACUAUGCUCAUUUUUGGCUGCAUUACAUCUCCAGUAACUGAGGCUCUUCAUUUGGCAGCUGUUGACAAUAUACAUUUUGGUAUUUUUGGCUAUUGUAAUCUGAAUACCUCUGUAUGCUCGAGCACUUCGUUUGGGUAUCAAUUGGAGUCGGAAACGAGCAACUUUUAUUUCAAAAAAGAGGCAACUCGUUUGACAUUUACGAAGGUUUUAAUCGCGCACAUUGUCGGUGCUGGCAUGUCUUUAAUUGCAUCUUUCUUUACUGUAUUGUCCUUGUUUCAGCGUCUCAAUCGGAAACGUGGUCUGAGCAUCUUCCUCAUCCUAAUUGUUGUCUUCGCUAUGCUUGUUUCUGUACUGGCAUAUGUGAUCGAACUUAUUCUCUUCCUUCCCCACAACAAUUGGCCCUCUCACAUUGCUGCCGGUGCCAUUGCUGCUCAAUUUUUCGCAAUCAUAUUCCUGUCAGUUCGUGAUGUCUCUAUCGCGCGUGCUAACAAACGUGAACGGAAGGUCGCAGCAGCAGUACGGGAAGUGGAGGAGAAGACCGUCUACAAUGAGGAUGAAGUAUCUGAUGCCAAUUACCCACUUACGCUUGAUGCCAAGCUUAACGAGGCCAAGGCAACGCUUCCCCACUUUGCCGCGCGGAGCAAUGACCAGCUCUCCGUCCCUGCGACGCGUCUCGACACUGCCAGUAGCAUUUCGUCACUUAACGUUGACCACAAGGGGUCCGCGGAUGUGGUUCGCGAAAGUGUUAUUAUCAACUCUUACAGCAGUUCACCGGAUAAGCAUGCUAAUGUUUCCCUGGCUGGAUAUGAAGAGUUCCGUGAUUCUGACUACUCGCCGACUCACACCCCUCAGCCAACGAGUUCUCCUUUUGCUAUGCCGAACAACGCGUCUGCUAAUGCCGUCAACAAUAAGGUGUCUGCUCCAAGUACUCAUUCCCAGAACAGCACCUCAGUGUUUGCCGUCCCACCUCAGCCAUCGUCACGUAGUGCGGCUUCAGCUCCAAGAAGCCGUUCGCCCUCUAACACCGGUCCUCGUCCUUUGCCCAACAACCACGCUUUCAAUCCCAAUUCGCAUCCUCGUGGAAGACCCCAGAAUGUUCAACGGCCUCGUGGCCAGAUGCAUCCUCCUCCCGGUCGCUCUCCUCUCAACGGAACUCCUAAUGCGGCUCCUAAUAUGCGCAAUGCCAGCAGAGGGGCUCCCCGGCCGCGUCCGCAAAGACGAGUACCACCGGCACAACAGCAACCACCAGCAUCAUUUGACCAGCAUCCAGUUACUUCUUCCACUUUGGACGCGCUUUCGGGAAACGCGGACUUUGAGCUGCCGACUCGUAAGCCCUACCGUCCGCGGGCGGGCAUGAAUAACCAUGGACCUUACUAGGUUGCCGAGUCGCUGUGACCCGAAAGUGCGAUUGCCAUUUUAACCCCUAACUCCCCUUAGCAUGUGUUCUUCCGUUAGUUGAUUUUUUGUUGUCUUACGGUUAGUUCUUGUCAUUCUUGUUUUCUUUUUCUGACGUGCAGUCUUUGCCUUGCCGAAACGUGUGCAUGGAAAGCUCUACGAGAUGUGCUGCGCGCGUCUUGUCGGUGAUGUACUACACAGUGCAUGUUUUCUCGUGUACGCUGUUCAUACGGGUUUGAUUGUAUUUCUUUUGUUGCUUCAUGUGUUUCAGCAGGCUGGGCCCUUGUUAUGUAAUAGGAUAUACUUAGUUUCCAUUACUACUGCAGAUAGGAGUUUUGAGUGAGUCUACUGCGUAACGUGUUAUCGGAGCAUUGGGAU